AUGAAGGAUUUAGGUGCUGCUAAGAAAAUUCUGGGAAUGGAGAUCUACAGAGAUAGAAGUCAUAAGAAGCUAUUCUUGUCACAAAAGGGAUAUAUUCAGAAAGUUCUAUCGAGGUUUGGAAUGGCUACUGCUAAGCCCAUUGAUACUCCUAGUGCUUCAAAUUCACAUUUGUCUGUAGUAUUUGCACCCAAAUCAUCUCAGGAGAAGGAAUACAUGUCACAUGUUCCUUAUGCUAGUGUAGUGGGAAGCUUAAUGUAUGCUAUGUUCUGCACCAGACCGGAUCUUGCACAUGCUGUUAGUGUUGUCAGUAGGUUCAUGGGAGACCCUGGUAAGGAACACUGGCAAGCAGUGAAGAGGAUUUUCCGCUAUCUCAGGGGUACAUCUGAUAUUGGUCUUAGUUAUUAUGGUGAUAGUCAGUGUCUAGUAUCUGGUUACUCAGAUUCUGACUAUGCUGGAGAUGUAGACAGUAGAAGAUCGAUGACCGGUUAUGUAUUCACCCUUGGUGGUUCUGUUGUGAGUUGGAAGGCUACUCUGCAGCCGAUAGUAACUUUGUCUACUACAGAGGCAGAAUAUAUGGCUUUGACAGAAGCUUCUAAGGAGGGAAUCUGGUUGAAAGGAUUGGUUAGUGACUUGGGUCUACACCACGAUCAGGCUUCAGUGUACUGCGACAGUUUGAGUGCAAUAUGA